CGUGACGCCUUCCUGAGCUUCUUCCGGGACCGCCAUGGCCACCGACUCGUGCCGUCCGCGUCCGUGCGGCCCCGCGGCGACCCCAGCUUACUCUUCGUCAACGCCGGCAUGAACCAGUUCAAGCCAAUCUUCCUGGGCACCGUGGACCCACGGAGCGAGAUGGCAGGCUUCCGACGUGUGGCCAACAGCCAGAAAUGUGUGAGGGCCGGAGGAAGCCACAACGACCUGGAGGACGUGGGCCGAGACCUUUCCCAUCACACCUUCUUUGAGAUGCUUGGCAACUGGGCAUUUGGGGGUGAAUAUUUUAAGGAGGAGGCUUGCAGCAUGGCCUGGGAACUGCUCACUCAGGUCUAUGGGAUCCCUGAGGACAGGCUAUGGGUCUCCUACUUUGGUGGUGACCCCAAGGCAGGGCUGGACCCAGACCUGGAGAGCAGGGACAUCUGGCUCAGCUUAGGGGUCCCUGCCAGCCAUGUGCUUUCCUUUGGGCCACAAGAGAACUUCUGGGAGAUGGGGGACACUGGCCCUUGUGGGCCCUGUACCGAGAUCCACUAUGACCUGGCUGGAGGGAUGGGUGCCCCCCAGCUGGUGGAGCUUUGGAAUCUGGUCUUCAUGCAGCACAACAGAGAGGCAGAUGGAAGUCUGCAGCCCCUGCCCCAGCGGCAUGUGGACACGGGAAUGGGCCUGGAAAGGCUGGUAGCUGUGCUGCAAGGCAGACGCUCCACCUACGACACUGACCUCUUUUCCCCGCUGCUCAACGCUAUACACCAGGGUUGCGGGGCCCCCCCUUACUCGGGCCGGGUAGGGGCGGCAGACGAGGGCCGCAUAGAUAUGGCGUACCGCGUGGUGGCUGAUCACAUUCGCACACUCAGUGUCUGCAUCGCCGAUGGCGUCUCCCCCGGAAUGUCGGGCGCCCCGCUGGUUCUUCGUCGGAUCCUCCGUCGAGCCGUGCGGUUCUCUACGGAGGUCUUGCGGGCACCACCUGGCUUCCUGGGCAGCCUGGUACCGGUAGUGGUGGAGACACUGGGAGACACUUACCCAGAGCUGCAGAAGAACUCGGCCCAGAUAGCCAACCUGGUGUCGGAGGACGAGGCAGCCUUCCUGGCCUCCCUGCAGCGGGGUCGGCGGAUCAUCGAUCGGACCCUGCGGCGCCUGGGACCUUCUGAUGUGUUCCCUGCCGAUGUGGCCUGGUCCUUGUCAAUGUCUGGUGACCUGGGGCUCCCACUGGACCUGGUAGAGCUGAUGCUGGAGGAGAAAGGGGUGCAGCUGGACUCUGCUGGGCUGGCGCGGCUGGCCGAGGAGGAGGCCCAGCACCGGGCCCGGCAGGCUGAGCCAGCUGAGGAGCAGGGACUGCGGCUCAACAUCCAUGCGCUGGGGGAGCUGCAGCGCCGAGGGCUGCCCCCAACUGAUGACAGCCCCAAGUACAACUACUGCCUUCGACCCAGUGGGGGUUAUGAGUUUGGCACCUGCGAGGCCCAGGUGCUCCAGCUGUAUACAGAGGACGGAACAGCCGUGGCCUCCGUGGGGGAAGGCCAGCGCUGUGGCAUCCUCUUAGACAGAACCAACUUCUACGCUGAACAGGGGGGUCAGGCUUCAGACCGAGGUUACCUGGUGCGGGUGGGGCAGCAGGAUGUGCUGUUCCCGGUUGCCCGGGCCCAGGUCUGCGGAGGCUUCAUCCUGCAUGAGGCUGUGGCCCCUGAGUGCCUGAAGGUGGGGGAUGCGGUGCAGCUGCACGUGGAUAAGUCCUGGCGUCUAGGCUGCAUGGAGAAGCACACGGCCAUCCACCUGCUAAACUGGGCGCUGCGGCAGGCCCUGGGCCCUGGCACAGAGCAGCGAGGCUCCCAUCUCAGUCCCGAGCGGCUGCGCUUUGACGUGGCCACCCAGGCCCCGCUGACCCCAGAGCAGCUCCAGGCAGUGGAGAGCACUGUGCAGGAGGCUGUGCGGCAGGACGAGGCCGUGUACAUGGAGGAGGUAGCCCUGGCACACACUGCCCAUGUCCCUGGCCUGCGCUGCCUGGAUGAGGUGUACCCAGACCCAGUGCGGGUGGUGUCAGUGGGGGUGCCCGUGGCCCCGGCACUGGACCCAGCUUCUCAGGCUGCACUGCAGACUUCUGUGGAGCUGUGCUGUGGGACGCACUUGCUGCGCACAGGGGCUGUAGGAGACCUGGUCAUCGUUGGGGAGCGCCAGCUCACCAAGGGCACCACCCGCCUGCUGGCCAUCACUGGGGAGCAGGCCCAGCAGGCCCGAGAAGUGGGCCAGAGCCUGGCCCAGGAGGUGGAAGCAGCCACAGAGCGGCUGAGUCGGGGCAGCCGGGACGUGGUGGAGGCCCAGCAGCUGUCCAAGGACAUGGGACGACUCACCGAUGCUGUGGACACCGCUGUGAUGCCCCAGUGGCAGCGGCGGGAGCUGCAGGCCACACUGAAGGUGCUGCAGCGGCGCGCCAACACUGCGAUCCGGAAGCUGGAAAUAAGGCAGGCUGCCCAGAAAGCACAGGAGCUGCUGCAGCGGCACCCAGAGGGGUCCCUGAUCGUGGACACUGUUUCCACUGAGUCCCUCUCAGUGCUGGUGAAGGUGGUCCGGCAGCUGUGUGAGCAGGUGCCCAGCACGUCCGUGCUACUACUCAGCCCCCAGCCCCUGGGGCAUGUGCUGUGUGCCUGCCAGGUGGCCCAGAGUGCCACGCCAGCUUUCACAGCAGAGGCCUGGGCACUGGCUGUGUGCAGCCACAUGGGAGGCAAGGCCUGGGGCUCCCGAGUGGUGGCCCAGGGCACCGGAAGCACUGCUGACCUGGAAGCUGCGCUCAGAACAGCCCGAGCCUAUGCCCUCAACCAGCUCUGAGCCAGGGACUCACACAGACUAGAGACAGCUACAUGUAGCAAGAGUCGGAUGAAACUUCCUGAGGAGCCCGGAAGGAACCAGCAGAACCUCCCUGGAGGCUGAGGGGAGGGCUGGAGACUGGAGGCUCAGCAGCUGAGCUGAGAGGGCCACCCUGGGCUGGGUCCUCCCUGGACACAGGAAAUGUGGGCUGGCGAAGGCAGAAGUGAACCCAGAGACACCAAACUAGGUGAAUGCGGAAACACGGGCUGCCCUGGCUGUGACUGCUCAUUAAAAAGUAUUUCCCAGCCCUCCCAGCGUGGCUCAGGGGUUGAAUUUCAACCUAUGAACCAAGAGGGCACAGUUUGAUUCCUGGUCAGG